AGUUAUGUUAUCCCCCCACUCGCAACUGACAGACAAGCAUCAAAAGGCAAGAGGCCAUCUUGGAGCUACACCAAUAAGCCAUGACAACGAACACGACAACAAAAAUGUCGAAUUUGCCGACAAGUAGAAGGAAAAAGAGAUCGAAUCUUUGUCAUCGUUCGUUUGCCAUCGGAACACAUCCGGUGGCAUGUUUCGCAGCUAUUGGAGCCGCGAUCGCUUUGGUUUCCUCUCCCCUUCCCUGCCAUGGAUUUUCCACGCUCCCGAUCGGGCAGACCGACGUUGCUGCGGUGGAAUGUCGGAAACGAUGGAAUCGAGGCACCACGGAUGAUUUUCUCAACAGCAGAUCAUCCCGGAGAAGAAGGGCAUCGGAUCUCAAAUCGAUUUCUGAUAGCAGCAACAACAGUCCCAGCAGCGCUGCUCCUCCGAAUAAUUGGAAGCGACUGGCCACAUCUGUCUUUGCGGCCAUCUUGUCCGUAGCAAUCUCUGCCGGUGGACCAGCGUCGACGCCCGUGUCGCCGAUGCCCUGCAACGCUCUGACACCGGACCAACUCUUGGUCGACGAUGUCUGGAGGGAGGUCAGCCGCCAGUACGUCGAUCCCACCUUCAACGGCCAGGGAGAACAAGGCUGGGCCAAGCAGCGAUCCCUGGCGCUGGGAAAGGUCGCCGAUCUGGGCCCUGACGACGACGCCCAGCUCUAUCGAGUCAUUCGGGGCAUGCUCCAGACCCUGAACGAUCCGUAUACACGAUUUCUGACCCCGGACCAGUUUGAGGCCAUGACCAAGGCAUACGCAACCCCCGGCACCGGCAGGUCGGAGGCUGCUCCGGCACCCACGGCAGGGAUCGGAGUCCAGCUCAUCGGCGACAACGGCAAGUCCACUGCGAGCGGGGGGGGAGGAGGAAUGGUGGUGGUCGUCAAUACCAUCGCAAAGAGCCCCGCGGAAACAGCUGGAAUCCUCCCGGGGGACAAGAUUCGUUCCGUGGAUGGCGUUGACAUGGUCGGAGCUACCGCGGAGGUGGUGGCUGCCAAGUGCCGGGGGGCCAUCGGGACCUCCGUCUCCAUCGAGAUCGAGCGGCCGGCCAUCGAAGGAUCUCCUGCAACGGCGACAGAGGCCUCCCCAAAGAUCGUGACCGUGACUCGCACGCCGAUAGCCCCCACCCCGAUGAUCGAGGCAUCGACAUCCAUCGUCUCACCAUCCAACCAAAAGGUAGGCGUCGUCAAGAUCAAUUCCUUCACCAAGGAAACCGAGGCCGCCGUCCGCCAGGAACUGAAAAACUUUGUGCGGGAGAGCGGCACCGGUGCAUCCAGCGAGGGACCCCCCGCCAUCCUCGCCCUCGACCUCCGGGGGAACGUGGGCGGGUACAUGCCGGCCGGGGUCGACGUGGCCAAGCUCUUUCUGCCUCCCCGGGCCCGGAUCGUCUCGGAGGUCGACAAGACCGGCCGGGCCACCAUCUACAUCAACGACGGGAUCGGGAGCGAAACGGACACCUCCACCCCCCUGUACCUCAUCGUCGAUCGGCGGACGGCCAGUGCCUCGGAGAUCCUGGCGGCGGCCCUCCAGGACAACGCGCGCGCCAAGGUGGUCUCCUCCGACGACCGGACCUUUGGCAAGGGGCGGAUCCAGAACGUCCAGGCCCUGUCCUACGGGGGGAGCGGGAUUGCCGUCACCAAGGCCAAGUACACGACGCCGGGCGGCCGGGACAUCCAGGGCGUGGGCAUCUCCCCCGACCUGCGGUCCGGCACGUGCACCGCCAAGGACUCGGCCGCGGUGUGUCUGGGGGACGUUCUGUGAGGGAACGAACGAAACGAAAGGAAACGAAACGAAACGAAACUAAGCGGGCGAACCCAAGUAAUUUUGGAGUCGUAGUCCAAGGGUCUGGUCCGCAGUUGCCAUACUUGCCAAACAAAUCGGCUCUGGACACACACACACCAUAAUAUUGAUGCAAUUUCUCGCAUAGAAAAGUAUCCGUCAAAGUAAUAGGAAACUUUUAGAAUAGAUGAAGAAAACAAAU